CCAUGUCACUGUGUUGUUAUACAUCAUAUUUUUAUGCUCACCUUUCUUACCAUGGAGAGCAUAAAGAGGAGGUGCUAUUGGUAACAGGUUUGGCCAGCUCUUGGUUUCCUCUUUCCAGUUUACCGCUUACUUGAUCAGACUCGUUUGCUUUUCCCUUCACUAACAGUCUCCAGGAUCUCAAGACAGGAUGUCAGUGACUGUGUCCAAGGCUGAUGGGGUCACUGUACUCACUCUGACCUCUGACCCCCAAAGUCCUUGGCCUCCUCUGUGCCAGAUCUUCAAGAACCUUUGCUACAGUCCAGUGUGCUGCACUGUGUCUCAGCACCUGAGAGGUCUCAACAGAGCUUCUCAGACAGUGCUGGGGACUCUGCAGAUAAUGAUCGGGCUGCUCAACAUUGGAUUUGGACUUAUACUCCAUAGCACUUGGACCUCCCCUUACAUAGACUACUUAGGCUUUCCAUUUUGGUUGGGUGCAUUGUUCAUCAUGUUCGGCAUUGUGUGCGUUUUGUCUGAGAAGUAUCCAAGUCCAUGUUUGGUCAUCCUUACUGUGAUUCUGAAUCUGGCUGGAGUUGCUUUUGCCAUCACAGCCAUUGUACUGUACGGCGUUUAUUUAGGAGACGUUUAUUAUUGGAGGAACUAUUACUACAAUUACUACAAUUACUACAAUUGCUACAGUCGCUACAAUGGUUACAAUGGUUACAAUGGCUACAAUGGCUACAAUGGUUACGGGUAUGGCAGGGAAACAACAAGGCCUCCAUCUUUGGAGGAAAAACUCCUUCAGGAGAAAUGCUUGGAGGGCCAAGCAGUGCUGGUGAUGCUCCUGAGAAGCAUCAGUGCUGUGAUGAUCACCUUGUCUGUUCUGGAGCUCUGUGUUGUGAUAAGCUCUGCUGUCCUGGGAAUCAAGGCUCUGAGGAACAAAGAAAAAGGACAAAACAAGGUAGAUAAUGGACAACACAAAGGUUCAAACACAUUCUGA